CGAGACUAGCAGCGGGGCGUGUCGUAUUACCGAUCCUGCCUUGCUGUCAAAACCGCCGGGGGUAACGUGGCUACCAGUGCCAUGGCGAUGGUGCCUUGCUUCACGAAAUAUGGUGUAAAAUUAACCAAGUAAUUGCCACUCGUCCAUUACAAGACUUCGUUCGUAUUUCACGCUCAACUAUUCUGGUGGCGCGCCAUCAUGAGGAACUACAUUUUCUUUCUGACUAUAGUGGCGGCUUUCACCCAGCAUGAAGUGCAAUCAGCCAAGCGGAUGAGUGCCCGCGACAAACUGACACGGGUGUCAACAGCUCCGCUGGGCUACCUGACUAGACAGCCUCCUGAAAUGACGGAGACCCACAGAGCUAAGCGAUCUGCUGAAGGCGCUUCAAUACGUCCUGAAGAAUACGCAGAAGAGAUUCUUGGACUAAAGGGCGCGGAGAGGUUUGAAACUGUUAAAGAAGUUGUCACCGUCCACGGCGUCACUUUGAGGAAGAUGAAAGAACGGUACCGGGACAGGGACGUGUUCGACACCAUCGUAACGGUCAAAGUGGACGAUGACAACGAAACUCUUGUUGAUGCUAGUGGUUCUAUUGUUGAAGAUAUUGAAACCGAAUUAAAGGACUUUGAUCACGAGCUGUCCGACGAGAAGUUGUAUGAUAUACUUAUCAUCCAUAACAAUGAUGAAAAUAUCACAGAAAGUAUAGGAAAUCGUAAGAUUGUGUACGAUGUACAUUUAGAUGACAACGGUACGGCCAUUCCAAUUGCAAUUGUGGAAUAUCUCAUUGAAACGGAGGAAGUGGUGAAGCGACCAAUGGCAAUCAUAAACACAAGAACUGGAGAAGUGAUAAAAGCAUGGAACAAUCUCCAGACGUGUUUCCCCAACGAACGCCACAAGCUCUACGGGGGUAAUGAAAAGAUUGGUAAACGGGAGUAUGGAAUAAUACCUCAGUGUUUGGAAGUGCGAAAGGAAGGGAAUACUUGCUACUUGGAGAAUGACCUUGUGAGAGUUGUUGAUAUGCAGCACACAGAGCUGGAGAACAUCACUGAGACUGCAAGCUUCGACUGUGAUCAGACCUACAAUGACUCCAUCAACGGAGCAUACUCCCCAGCCCUAGACGCUUUGUACUUUGGGACACAGAUACAGAAGAUGUUCCUUGAAUGGUUUGGUCAUAAGCUUGUUGAUGACCUGGUCAUGAGAGUGCAUUUCUCCAAGAAUCACGUGAAUGCUUUCUGGAAUGGCAAGAAUGUGACGUUCGGAGAUGGUCGUAGAAGAAUGGUCUAUCCUUUUGUUGCCCUUGAUAUUGCAGCACACGAAAUCGCUCAUGGUUUCAGCGAGCAUAACGCGGGGCUGCUGUAUGUGAGCCAGACGGGAGGGAUAAAUGAAGCCUUCUCGGACAUGGCAGGUGAAAUGGCAGAGUUGUACCUUGACAUGGUAGAUUGGAGAGUUGGUUACGCCAUCAUGUGGCCUGAAAGAUCCAUGCGCUAUCUGGAUGAUCCACCAAAGAACGGAAGAUCCAUCAAGCACAUGAAGAAGUACAAAGAAGGCAUUGAUCCUCAUGGGUGCAGUGGGAUCUACAACCGCGUGUUUUAUCUCCUGUGUCAAGAAUACAGUGAUGAUCCCAGAGACGUCUUCAGAGUCUUCCUCCUUGCCAAUAAGAUGUACUGGCAUCCUCUUAGCAACUUCUCAGACGGAGCGUGUGAUAUUAUGAAAGCAGUUUAUGACCUUGGUCAGACGCCAGAGCACUAUAUCAAGUCCUUCGACGACGUUGGCAUUGAGGCAUGCGACAUUAAAGACCACAUUCUCCAUCUCAGGCACAAUAAAACCCGAAAUGGGGUCACCGUUUCCAGAUCAAUUAACCCAGUGUUUGCCAUCGAGGUUCCCGAGUGGGCUAGUUCCUUCUAUAUCCAAACAACAAGCGGAGGUGGCAAGGAUAUAUUAAUUGAAAUAAUCACUGAAUCUUGGAACAGACAGACUAGAAACACUGUGCCUGUUGCUGAUGAAAACAACUACCUGGAGUACAAUGUAACCAAUCUGGAUUCCAGGUACUUCUUUAUCCGGUUCUCGACAAAAAGUCGCAUAGCUAUCAAGGAUGUAUCCGUGAGGGCAGGCUACUUCUGCUUGGACUACUACACUCAUCGAAACUUCUUGUACAGGGCGUUCUAUGCACUGGAGUGUUGGGGCAUUGACCUUUGGGCAGGAUGAGUCAAUCGUAGAAGGAAACAUAGACGAGGAUUGUACUUAAAUACGACUUCUGUUAGCACACUGAAACACUUGCUAACAGACAAUAUAUAUACUAUGCAUUAAACUUGACAUUUAAAUACCAGAAAGCUAUAUGGAUGGAUGAUAACGUGAGUAAUAUGGUAAUAGAUGAACACCACUCUGUGACCAAAAGGGUGUUACGAGUGAUCCUGAAAGUGUUCAUAGUCUGUAUUGACUUACCGAGAGGAAAGGUCGUCUGAUUUGGUUUGUUGCUUAACAGUUUUAACAUAGAUUUUAAAAGUACGAAACCUCGUUAAUCCGGACAGAUCCGGAUUGACAAGUUUCCGGAUUAUAGAAUCAUGGGUACGGGGUAUGUUUCCUUUGUAAACAUCUUAAACAGUGUCAGAUGAGGCGGUCUCAUACAUUGUAAUGAUUUUUUGUCUCCAUUAACUGUUUCUUUAUUGAGUCUUAAGAACAUUUUGGAAGUUUAAUGUACUCCCACAUUUCCGCAUAUACUGAAUGGCGAUAACAAAACGUCCCCAAACUGUAGAUAUGGGUCAUUAUUCAUAUGUUCGUUACAUUUUCUUAGAUCAUGUCUCUAAUGAAUAUUUGGAAAAUCACAAAACGAAAAUUUGUUUAUUGUAAUAGUUAUUUUAUUCAGUGUGAUAUGCUUGUGUGUUGUUUCUCAAUUUAACUAAACGUCAUACAUUUGCAUUUAAUGGAUCUGAGAAAGAUGGAAUAUUAUGUUAACCCCAAAUGGACUUCAACAGGGCGGUGAACACUGUCUUGUGUCAAUUUGAAUGACAAAAAUGGAAUAUCCUGUUGAAAGGUUCACCUUGUAGGACAUACAUUUAAUUCAAUAUUUUCGUAUGGUAUCUAUUCACCAACUAACGCUGUUUCAUCUAUUAAUAUGUCAAAGGCUGAUAUACGAGUACAACAGUUGAGCAUUUAGCUUUUCCUUUUUCAAUUUGUGUUAGAAGAUUGUAUAUAGAUGGAUUGAUAGAUUGGUAGAAAAUUGUGUUCUCAUUUGAAUAUUUGAUUUUGUGAAGUAUGUUAUCGUGACUGUUCACUACUGUUUAAGGAAAAUAAACACAAGUAAAUAUUU